AUGAAUGCGUAUGGACAUGUUGCGGGUUUACCGAUUGAAUGCUUAAGCAUUGCGGUUGAACUUCGUAAAGAGCACCUUAUUGACGAAAACGGACAACAGGUACUUCGUGUAGGAUUUAAAAUUGGAGGAGGUAUUGAUCAAGAUCCCAGUCGGGCGCAUUAUCCAUAUCCAGAUAGCGGGAUUUAUAUCACUCAGAUUGAAUCCGAUUCACCAGCAGAACGCGCGGGUCUUCGUCAGCAUGACAAGAUUCUAAGAGUAAAUGGUAACGACUUCACAAUGGUAACUCAUGAAAAGGCCGUGAAAUAUAUUAAGAAAUACCCUGUCCUUCAUAUGUUGAUUGCGAGGAAAGAUGUUUCUUAA